AUGUUGCGCCGUCUCCCCGCUGCACUCCCCAAGCUCGCAGGAGCUCUUCCACGCACAUCUCUCGCGCACCGGGGUACCCGCAAUCUGUUUCCCAAUGUAUCUUGCACACGUGCCGUUGGUACAAGACAGCAAUUCAGCACGUCGUCCGUUGCACGCGCGACAUGCCCCCAAUGCUCUGCGCCGCUUCCGACGCCCCUGCCAGUUUGCUCCAAGUGUUCCUACAUUACCAACAUUCCUCCGGGGAUGUCAUACCAUGAGAUGCUAGGAACGCCCUAUGAGCCCAAUCCAUUCGUAGUGGAUAACCUCCAAAUCAAGCGGAACUUCCGUGCUCUGCAGUCUGUUGUCCAUCCCGAUCGGUGGGUCGGCAAGAGCCGCGAGCAACAGGAAGCUGCGUCUCUCUUGUCCACUCGCAGCAACGAAGCGCUACACCGCCUAUCUAAUCCGCUGCGGCGUGUGGAGUAUAUCCUCGAGCGUGAGGGGUUCGGCUUAGAGGAGUCUGACAGCAUGGAAGAUCCUUUGCUGCUGAUGGAGACGAUGGAAAGCCAGGAAGAGAUACAAGGGGCCGAGUCGCGCGAGGAGGUUGAGCAGGUCAGAGCGGUGAACGCCGAGAAGAUUGAGCGGAUACUUGAGGACAUCGAAACGCUUGUCGGACAGAAGGACUGGCCUCAAGUAAAGAAAGCUUUCGUGAAGCUCAAAUACUUGCAAGGUGUAGAGCAGGCAGCUGCAGCGUGGCCCAAUUCCUUCAGCGACCACUAG